UACUCGUCGCACACCAGAGCCCACACCCGCACCAACCCUAGCCACCACACCUCAUCUUCCUCCCUCGCUCUGCCCCAACCUAGCCGCCACACCUCUCCUUCCUCCCUUGCUCGACGCCAUAGGCGCCGCAGCCCCUACCUCCUUCCUGCUCAUCUGGAUAGCCGCCGGCCGCCACAUCCUUUCUCCUCCUUCUUCCUCCUCGCUGGCGCCCCUCGCCCUCGUCCUCGGAUAGGGGGCCUCCCGCAUGGAUGGUCGGGUCUUCAUCGCUAAUCCCCUCCGCCCGCUCGCCGUGCUCAUCAUGUGGAACGUGCGAAAGGGUCAAAACCCUAGCCGCCAAGCCUCCUCGUCAAGCCCGUGCCCCCUCCGCCUUGUCUCCUCUGUGCUCCCUCCUCUCCCACGUCGCCACCCUCGAGCCCGCACCCCCUCCGCCUCGUCUCCUCCCCGCUCCCUCCUCUCAAAACCCGCGCCAUUGACGUGCCGUCAGGGACGCCGUCGACACGUCGGGGAUACGCCGCAAUGGAGCUCAAACAAGAGCAGGGCAGCGGAUUGGAUCGAGGGCACCCGAUGACCUCGCCGCCGCUGUCACCUGGAUUUGCUAGCCGCCGCGUGGAGUCUCCCUGGCCGCUGCCUCGGGUCACCUCCGUCGCCGCCGCGAGUCAGCUCCACUUUUGCCGCCAGGAAUCUCGUCCUCAGCAAGGAAAAUUCCUAGGGAUUUGAUUGACGGAGGCAUCAGUAUCUGGCAUUGUCCAAGAAACCAUCAGUGGGGUUGGAUCAGCUAGGCCGGAAACCUCCGAUCGCUUAGGCCCCAUGGCAGCAGCCGGAUCGGGCGGUGGUGGAAGGCCAUGGAGGGUGUGGCGCAUCCGGGCAGAACCAACAUGGGUUGGUGGAGCGACGGAUGCGGGCAGAGUCAGCGGUUAGGGGCACUGCGAGGAGUGGAAGGCAGCGGUCAUGCGCCAAAUCGGACCAGCAGCAGCAAGGAGCUGCUGGUGGUUCAGGUUUGCCUCAAUGGUCGUCAGCUCCAGCCCCGGCCCGGACAGUGCCAUGGAUCCGGUGAAGUGGUCCACGCUGAGGAAGAGGCAAACAACGCAGGGAAGAAGCCAACGUUCUUGUGUUGAAUGCAGGUAUAUCUGAGGUAUUAGGAUGAGAGGCCAGUGGAUGGAAAAGGCGUUGCCUGCUCUGAUUUUGUGGUGAAAACAAUGGUGGAUUUCUCUGCUGGGUGGUCUAAUUUGGGGUUGAUUUAUGCCCUCGAUUCCUUCCUUUUCUGGUUCCUUUCCGGCUUGCUAUUCAUGCCGUUGCAAUGGCUGGAAGAAAGGGGACACAAUACAGCUUGUUACAAAUCAUUUCAAAGUUUCCUUGAAAGACACCGUAGAUGAGUUCUUUCAUCAUUAUUUUGUAUGGAUUUAUCCUUGUUUACUUUGUUUUUUAGUUCCCUGUGUAACCAUCAGAUGCCAUUGCUCUUUUAUUUAAUUGAAUGCAGGUAUAUCUGAGGUAUUAGGAUGAGAGGCCAGUGAAUGGAAAAGGCGUUGGUACAAAAGUCACUGACAAACUGGCGAAAAAGUGACAAGACAUUGAAUGUGGAACAUUACAGAGAAAUGAUUGACAAUUUGAUAGAAGUAUUAUAUGAGUUUCGGACGACAAGGUCGCGUAUGGAGUACUUUCACCAUUAGGUUUCCAUUGCCCAGCUCCUGAAGGGCAUAUUUCCUUCAACGCCAUGACAGAGGCGCGUGGUCGGCAGGAGGAGUCAGGGAGGCAUGAAGGUGGACAUGUUGAUGUUAUCAUGGCAUUGACACAUUUCACUCCACCGAUGCUACAUACCAGGGAUAUAUUGGAAGCCACACAGGGCACCCGAGAAGGAGAGGAGGAGAAUGCUCUGAAGAGAGGAAAUGAUAAGUUUUAUUGUUUCGUUUUAAGAGCAAGGGAGUUGAUAUGUAGUCCCCUGGCUUAUUUGUAUUCUACUAUGUGUAUGGCCAAAGAAAUCAUGAUUUUAUACACACAUAUAUUUUUAAACAAAAGCCUAUGUAUUUUUUGCUCAAACACAGUCACGGGAAAGCGCACAUAUUUUCAAUGCGUACAUGAUUUUAGAUGGUUCUUUGUGAAGAUGGUAGCAAAUAUUUUGUGCUAUCAAAUUAAAAUAUGUAUAUAUACAUGUCAUUGUAGACAACAAUCAACCAUGUUUCCUAUUAAAAGUGAUUGAACCAUGGAUAAUUUUUUCCUUGUGCACAGGGAUUUAGGGGGCCUCUGCGCCAUUUGGCGUGACAGGUCCCUGUUUUCCCUAACUAAGAGAGAUUAAAUUUGUUGUCAUGUGUGCUUGCCUGUAACAAAAUCAACUAAACCAUGGAUUUAUUUUUGUUGCUAUUUUGGAAUCAUUGGCAUGAUAACCAUAUUCUUAGGUUUCUUAUCUUUUUCCUUUAUUUUGCAGGAACAAUAUGGAUGGCCAGGUUUUUCAUCAUGAUAACCAUGUUUUCAAACUUGCUAAAAGAAUACAACCAUGCCAACUUUACUCUUUCAUCAUGGUGGCCAUAUUUUCAAACUGAACAUAUUCAUAUUAUGCAAAGUUUUCCUUUUCCCAGACUAUUACUCCCUCCGUCCAAAAAUACUUGUCGGAGAAAUGCAUAAAAAUGGAUGUAUCUAGAAUUAAAAUAUGUCUAGAUACAUCCAUUCCCCGACAAGUAUUUCAGGACGGAGAGAGUAUUUAACAACGUAAUAAACAUGUUUAAAAAAUAGCAUGAUUUAAUUGAAGGUUCUUGCAACAUGAAACUAUUUUCAUCGACAACAUAUCUUUAGCACGUCUCUGUGUCAUUUGGGACAACGGGUCAACUAGUAUCCUUAGGAGGGCAUGUACAAUGCAUAGCCUCAAGGUGAUGCCUCGCAUGCCAUGUAGGAUCGGAUAUGACGUAAAGUAGGUUCGGAUAGAGAAGUGGGAUCCUCUCCAGGAGGCGGGUGCUUGAAGAGAAAACGUGUGGUCCGGUGACAAAAGCUGAAAAGAUUGGAGUAAAAAGUAGAGAUGCAUGUGUACUAGAAUCUUUAUUUUUUAUUUCUUAAUGAGGCCCACUAGUGGUAGCUUGCAUUGGGGAGAAAAAAUAAAUGUAGAUGCCUGAAAUUACUUUUUGUCAUGGGGCAUAUGUAUCCAUAUGCCACCAUCGUACAUGCCCGGAGUUGGCCUGAUGAAGCGAGCAGCAACCACUCCAAACAGGCGUUAAACGUCAUCACUCGACACAUCGACCCUUGACUCGAGUAGACGCAACAACAGCAUCGACUUGACCAAAGUAACCUCCUCCUCGGCAUGAGCGGCUCAUCAGCCAUUGCCCAUCCAAUCCGCCCAACCUCGCAUCUCCCUUCCCCCGAGGAGUGGCAGAGCUCGCCUCCCUCGCGUCAUCGUCCUCGUCGGCAUGAGCGGUUUCCUCGCUGUGGCCGGCAAGAUUGUCACGUUCCUGCUGUGGGUGCUCUUCCUGAUCCUGCAGACAGCCACCAAGGUUGUUGGGGGCCUCCUGCAGGUUGCACCGCCAGUCGAGGCACGGGAAGAGCCGCAACCAGAAGCAGCACCACGACCCAGAUCGCCGCCGGCUGCGAGGAACAGCGCCGGCGGCGGCCCCGCGGACCCAUACGAUCCAUGGUCACAGCCGUGGGACCCACCACCGUCCCCCCACAUCGCUCCGUUGACGGAUGAAUAUCACUCGUCCUCAAUCUACCGGCGGCGGGUGAGCGCUCCGCAGGCCGCUGAGGAUUUGGUGGUUUCCUCCAGCAGUUACUCUCGUUCGGCCGUGGCAGCAGUGCCAGCCUCUCUGGCUCAUGCUGUCUCAGCGCCACCAGUGUCGCGGACAAUUAAGACACCGGCAGUUGCCAGUAAGCGGUCCAAGCUGGAGAGGAAGUACUCCAAGAUUGUGGACCAGUACCGCUCCUUGGAUGAGGUUAUUGAAGCAUUAGCGCAAGCUGGCCUCGAGUCUUCCAAUUUAAUCAUUGGAAUUGAUUUCACGAGAAGUAAUGAUGGACAGAGGUCAUUCAAUGGUGUGAGCCUGCAUCAUAUUGGUGAUGCCCCCAAUCCUUACGAGCAGGCAAUCUCCAUCAUUGGACAAACACUGUCAGCUUUUGAUGAGGAUAACUUAAUUCCGUGCUAUGGUUUUGGAGAUGCAUCUACUCAUGACCAAGAUGUAUUUGGCUUCAAUCCUGACGAAAGACCAUGCUAUGGGUUUCAGGAGGCUUUGGCUCGAUAUAGAGAAAUUGUUCCUCAUCUUCGUCUUUCCGGUCCUACAUCAUUUUCUCCAAUAAUUGAAAUGGCCACAACCAUUGUUGAGCAAAGCGGUGGCCAAUACCAUGUUUUAGUAAUAAUCGCCGAUGGACAAGUCACACGAAGUGUUAACACUGAAUUUGGUCAAUUAAGUACCCAAGAGCAGAUGACUGUAGAUGCUAUUGUGCAAGCCAGUGAAUUUCCUUUGUCUAUAAUUCUGGUCGGAGUUGGAGAUGGUCCUUGGGACAUGAUGAAUGAAUUUGAUGACAACAUUCCUGCUAGAUCUUUUGACAAUUUCCAGUUUGUCAACUUCACUGGAAUCAUGUCAAAAAAGAUCAGUCAAAGCAACAAGGAGACAGAGUUUGCCCUUUCAGCACUCAUGGAAAUACCUUUGCAGUACAAAGCAACAUUACAGCUUGGAAUACUGGGGCGUCGACUUGCAAAGUCUCCAGAGCAAGUUCCACUUCCUCCUCCUUUCGCAAGUUAUAAUACCACCUCAAGAGCAGCACCAUCUUGGGCAAAUAACUUCCAAAGUGUGCCUUCUAAUCUUAGGGAGGAGGCAACUUUAGAUUCAACAAUCACACCGUCAGUUACACCCCCACCAGCUGCAGAUGCUAGAGCAUCGGAACUCCAAUUCUGCCCAGUUUGCCUUGCCAAACCCCGGGACAUGGCAUUUGGUUGUGGUCAUCAGACUUGUUCAGGGUGUGGACCGCAGGUCGCGGACUGCCCCAUCUGUCGAAGGCCAAUUGAUACAAGAGUAAAACUAUACUAACAGCCUCACAUGCCUAACUAGGUUUGACUGAAGUACGCUGGAGUGUUGGAAGUAGAAUCCAUGGAAAAGAAAAAGAACUCUGUUUGUACUGUAGCUUGUACCGUAAAGAAAAUGAAUAACAGUUGUGUACUGCUCUGUGUUAUAUGUCAUCAGUUCAGUACCUAGAACGGGCACUACUGCAAAACUAGUAGCCAGUGGCAGGCAAAAAUAACCAAGCCCCUAUAUCCGGGGAAGUUUUUGGUUUUA